CCGCACAGGUACACGAGUUAAGAAGGUAGUAGUGUAGUGGCGUAGGAGCCCAGUUGGUCUCUGAUCUUUCCCUGCAGGGGAAAGAGAAGAACAGAGACCGAGCUUCUCCUCACUCACACACUAGUGUAUAGGGCUUCGGCUUGCCUGAUACUGUCGCAAUGGCAGGAGGGCUCUUCUCCAUGGAGCACCCAUGGGUCUCUGCUUUUGGCAUUCUAGGCAACAUCAUCUCCUUCCUGGUGUUCCUCGCACCAGUGCCGACGUUCCUUCGCGUGUACCGGAAGAAGUCGACGGAGGGGUUCAGCUCGGUGCCGUACGUGGUGGCCCUGUUCAGCUGCACGCUGUGGAUCCUGUACGCGGUGGUGAAGACCAACUCGAGCCCGCUGCUGACCAUCAACGCCUUCGGCUGCGUGGUGGAGGCCACCUACAUCCUGCUCUACCUCAUCUACGCGCCCCGGGCCGCCAGGCUCAGGGCGCUCGCCUUCUUCUUCCUCCUCGACGUGGCCGCCUUGGCGCUCAUCGUCGUCGUCGUCGUCGUGCUCGUCGCGGAGCCGCACCGCGUAAAAGUGCUCGGCAGCAUCUGCCUCGCCUUCUCCAUGGCCGUCUUCGUCGCGCCCCUCAGCGUCAUCUUUGUUGUGAUCAGGACCAAGAGUGCCGAGUUCAUGCCCUUCACCCUCUCCUUCUUCCUCACCCUCAGCGCCGUCGCAUGGUUCUUGUACGGCAUCUUCACCAAGGACCCCUACGUCACGCUCCCGAACGUGGGCGGCUUCUUCUUCGGUUGCAUCCAGAUGGUGCUCUACUGCUGCUACCGGAAGCCCUCGGCGUCCGUGGUCCUGCCGACGACGACGGACGCCGCCGCCACGGAGAUGGAGCUGCCCCUCGCCGCCCACCAGGCCGUGGCCCCGGUGCUGGCCGAGCUGCAGAAGCUGGAGGAGGCCAUGGGGUCGCCGCGCAAGCAUGGCGGCGUCGUCAAGGUCGUCUGACCAUGAAUGAUAUCCUUUGGAAGCUCAUCGCAGGCAUGCAUAUGGCCUGCUUCCUGAACUGCGCGAUGCAUGCCCUGCUAGCUGGAUCAAUGUUGCUUGUUUAAUUAUUAUUAUUAAUGCAUGGCUUGGUAGAUUCGAUUAACUGAUUGCCGCCGGUAGAGAGAGAGAGAGAGAGACAUACUAAGUGUGUGUCUUCUUUUAUUAAUCGUUCGUUUGUGUGUUCUUAUAAUCUCCUUAAUGCAAUACACGUGAAGGCGUGUUCUCAAAAAAAAAACUUUGUGUUCUUAAUCAACCAAUUAGCUAGCUAUAUACGAGUUCGUAUUGGAGAUGAAUUAAUUGAUCUGGUGGUUUGUGCAAUAAAACCGAAGCAGGGUAUGGACACGCAAUUUAGUCUUUAACCCCUAGCUACUACUAGUAGUAC